AUGUGCUUCCUUCCCCCACAUAAAGAUGCAUGGAAGCGGGCUAAUGCUGGUCCCUUGAAAAAGUAUCCUGAUAGGGGUGGUGGGAAUAUAUUUAAAAGCCAAGGUGCUGCUGGCUCAGGUAUAACCUCCAACGAAGGAUGUGACAAGUGUCAGGACUCCAUCUACAGAAAGAGCAAAGGAACCUCUGCCAUGCCUAGAAAGAAAAGAGUUGAUCAGUCUGGUGCAGGAUGCGAUUCUUAG